AAAGUAUUCAUCACCAUAUCUCGCGAUCGGCGCCAUGAACGGAAGCCUCCAUCACGUCGGAGAGGUAGCGCCGCCAAGCAGCUCUGGAGUUGAGGUGAUCAUCGUUGGGUGCGGGUUUGGCGGGCUAGCUUGUGCUAUCGAGUGCAGGAGAAAGGGACACCACGUAAUUGUGCUUGAAAGAAUGCCAACGUUCAGGGUAUUGGGUGAUGUCAUUAGCUUCGGGCCAAAUGCAGGUCGGAUAUUCGCCCGAUGGGGCCUUCACGACAAGCUUUGGCCGAUCUGUCGACAUGCCGAUAAGCUCGUCAUUCACAACUACAUGGGAGAGGUUGUGCGAGAGCAGCCCAUCCAAUUCCCUCUCUACGGCGCCUACGAGUACAGCGGGCACCGGGCCGAGAUCCAUGAGGCUGUGUAUGAGUAUGCGCUCUCUUUGGGUAUCGACAUCCGGUUCGGUCACAAUGUCGAGAGCUACCAGGAAGAUCCGUCACGAGGAAAGGCAAGCGUCACGGUCAAUGGGAAGACAAUUGAGGCGGACAUUGUGGUCGCAGCCGACGGAGUCAAGAGUCGCGCGAGGCAGUACGUGCUGGGAUACAACGAUCAGCCGAAAUCGUCGGGUUAUUCGGUUUAUCGAGCCUGGUUUGAUGCGAAAGAACAAGGCGUUGGCAGCGACCCAAAUACCGACUUCCUCACUAAAGACGGGGACGCUUAUCAGUGCUGGAUAGGAAGGGACGUACACUUCAUCUGCUCCUCGCUUCAAGGAGGAAACACCGUAUCAUGGGUUAUUACCCAUAGAGAUGAUUUUGAAGUCACGGACUCGUGGUCCUUCCCCGGUAACAUGGAGGAUGUACUCAACAUCGUGGAUGACUGGGACCCACGUUGUGCAGCUGUCCUAUCAAAAGCCCCCUCGUGUAUUGACUGGAAACUGAUUACGCACGAUCCUCUACCGACCUGGGUAAGUUCGCAGGGGAGAGUUGUCUUGCUGGGAGACGCUGCGCAUCCAUUUCUUCCUACCAGUAGACAUCCCAGGCGGUUGAAGACGGUACUUCGCUUGCUGUAGUUCUUCAGCUGGCUGGCAAAACCG